AUGGCUUGUGUUCAUGGAGAUCAGAUGCAUUUUCUAAUUUGGAAACAUGGAUUCCAUGCUGAAGUCUUUGUUGCCAGUGCAUUGGUCGAUAUAACAAAGUUUAUGAUCGGGCCAUUUUCUCUAACUGUUCUUGAUGAGCCUGGUGUCGAGAAUUUGGUUCAUGUUAAUAACUCGCUGAUUGACAUGUAUGGUAAAUGUGGCUUGUUUUAUGAUGUUGUGAAGUUGUUCUCAAGGAACGCUUAUCCAUUAUCAGAUCAUACAAUCUGGGUUUGUGAACAUGUUGUGUGUUACAAGUUCUUUGGUCACAAUCACGGCCAUGCUAACCAGGUUGUUGAAUUGUUGAAAGAAAUGUUGAGAGAGGAGAUUACACCUGACUACAUUACUUUUAUUUCUGUUCUCUCUGCUUGUAGCCACACUGGUCGGGUUGAAGAAGGAUUCUUCUACUUUAAUUCAAUGGUUGAAGUGCAUGGUAGUAACCCUGGAUAUGAACAUUAUGCGUGCAUAGUUGACUUGCUUGGUCGUGCUGAGCAGUUGAAUAGAGCUAAGAGGUUUAUAGAACUGAUGCCUAUCAAACCAGAGGCAGAGUUGCUUGAUCUUUAUUAUGUUGCAUAUGAGGUUAGCAACUUUAGUUAUAUCUUUGACAUUUCUUAA